ACGUCUCGUACUUCCACAACGAUGACAAUAUCAUUAUCCACUCUUUUUUUAAAUUGAUUAUUAUUAUUAUCCACUUAAAACCAUUUUUAUUCAUAUAAUUAUUGAAAAAGAAGAUAGAUAUACACAGAAAAAAUGUCCCACAUCUCUGUUUGUCGCUGCAACGGCUCGGUGGCACCACCGGUUUCUUUUAUUCAAGCUCCACUCAAAAGAAUUAUACAACUAAGACAGAGUACAGUCACAACCUCUGCUUCAAAAUUCGGAGGAUUUUCACUUAAUUCGAUAUUUAAAGGUUGUAAAAAUUGUGAAGGAAGAGGGGCCAUUCAAUGUCCAGGAUGCAAGGGAACAGGAAAGAAUAAAAAAGAUGGAAAUAUAUUUGAACGGUGGAAAUGCUUCGGCUGCCAAGGAUUUGGACUAGUCAGUUGCCCCAAUUGUGGAAAGGGAGGAUUGACCCCAGAACAAAGAGGAGAAAGAUAAGGAAGCUUCAGAACAACCAAGUUUUUUACGAGCAUAUGGAAAAAGUGUAAAAUUACAUGAACUUUGUGUAUAAUUGUCUCAAACAUGAAUUAUAUGAUAGUUUUUUACAUAUUGGUUGAA